AUGGCUAUAGUAUGGUACCUUGUAUCGGUAGUGAUCUUUAGUGGCUUUAUGCUUUUAGUUGUGAGAGGAGCUCUUGAGUGGGUGGUUGCACAAACUCCAGAAGGGAAACUAGUGGACCAAAACUAUAUAGUGAUGAUACUCAUGGGUGUUCUUGUCGCUUGUUUUCUCACAGACAUGCUUGGUUUGUCUAUAGGUGUUGGACCUAUCUGGCUAGGGUUGGUUGUCCCUCAUGGUCCACCUUUGGGUUCCACGUUGGCUAUACGUAGCGAGACGUUUAUACAUGAGUUCUUGAUGCCUUUUUCCUUUGGAUUAGUGGGGUUGAACACUAAUGUUUACUUCCUUACCAAUGAUAUUUGGGACCAAGAACUCUCUCCUCUCGUCUACAUGGCCAUCGUUGGAUUCAUCACAAAGUUCAUCGCUGUUGUCGCUGCUGCUGUGUUCUUUAAAGUCCCUACAAGAGAUAGUCUCACGCUUGGUCUCAUGAUGAACUUGAAAGGCCAGAUAGAUAUGUUACUCUACUUGCAUUGGAUAGACAAACGUAUCGUUGGUUUACCCGGUUUCACUAUUUUGGUUUUGCAAACGCUUGUGAUAACCGGAAUUUCAACGCCUCUUAUAAGCUUCCUUUAUGAUCCAAACCGUCCUUAUAGAAUCAGUAAGCAUCGUACCAUCCAACACACUCCACCAUCCUCCGAGAUGGGUUUGGUUCUCGCCGUGUCUAACCAUGAAGCCUUCUCCGGUUUAAUCACAUUCCUUGACCUAGUUUAUCCCACUACAAGUAGUCCGUUCUCUAUAUACGCUAUACAGUUAGUGGAACUCAUGGGACGAGCUUCACCAGUUUUUAUUGAAGAGGAAGAUCCCGUUGUUGAGGAGGAAGAAGAUCAAGAAGAAGAGCGUCAUGAAAGUACUCGGAGCAAACGUGUUGACCAAGUUCAAAGCGCGUUUAGGUUAUACCAAGAGACUAGAGAUGAAUGUGUAACGCUUCAUGCCUACACUGCUCAUGCUCCAAAGCGUUUAAUGUAUCAAGACAUUUGCGAGCUAGCCUUGGUCAAGAAAACAGCUUUCAUUCUCUUACCUUACCAACAAGAGCGUCUUAACGACGCUGCACCUACAGAGCUACGUAACUCCGGGAUGCUAUCCGUGAACGCUGAUGUCUUGGCGCACACGCCAUGCUCGGUAUGUAUCUUUUACGACAAAGGAAGGCUUAGAAACGACCAGCAACAUUCAACUUCUUUGAGCCGUGGGAGACAAGAAACGUACCGUUUUGUGGUUUUGUUUCUUGGUGGAGCUGAUAACAGAGAAGCUCUCCAUCUAGCCGAUAGGAUGACGGUAAACCCGGACAUAACGUUGACGGUGAUUAGGUUUUUAGCGUUCAACCACGAAGGAGAGGAUGAGAAGGAGAAGAAGCUAGACGAUGGGGUGGUGACGUGGUUUUGGGUGAAGAAUGAAGGUAAAGAUAGGGUUAGUUACAAGGAGGUUGUGGUCAAGAACGGUGCGGAGACGUUAGCUGCGAUACAAGCGAUGAAUGUUAAUGACUAUGAUUUGUGGAUAACGGGAAAGAGAGAAGGAAUCAAUCCGAAGAUUUUAGAAGGGCUUGCGGAGUGGAGUGAGAAUCACCAGCUUGGAGUCAUUGGAGAAACUGUGGCUGGGAGUAUAUUUGCGUCGGAUGGUUCGGUGUUAGUGGUUCAGCAACAGGUGAGGAACCGUAAGGGUGGUGACGCUUUCUUGAAUAGGAAGUUUGAUUAUAAGAGUUUAGUGUCUUCUUGGUCGUGUUUUAGAUGA